AUGGGGAAUAAAACUGUAGGCAAGAAAGUUGACAGACCAAAGUCAAAAGCGGUUAUUAAGGAUAUUGACCUUGACCAGUUUAAGAAAUUUACUCAAGAGCCUAGAGAGUUCUUGAAUGGAAGGUUAGAAUUCAGAGAUAACCUUGAAGAAUGGGGCUAUAUGUGGGCCCAUAGGCUACUUGAAGACUCUUUCGUCAGAUCUAGUUUUGAAAUAGAGAAGGUCCUUAAGUCAAUAAUAGACUUAUCUUUAACCAAGAAUGAUCUGACAAUUUGUGAUGAAGGAGAGGCCCUCAAGCCAAAACUUAGUGAUAUUGAAAACCAUGAAUAUGACUUGCAAGAACUACAGAGAAAAUUAAAUCAAGAUAAGAAAGACCAAAUCAAGGAUAACUCCAGUCAUGCUUUACAGAAAGCAAUGAUAUUGACUCGUAAGAUACUCUGGCACGUUAGGGUUGUCGGAAUUGGAAUGGCUGCAAUGGGAGUAGUGCUUGAAGGAGAAAAGCAUGAUGAAAUGAUCCACCAUAUGGAGCAGAAGGUGGGCGAGGCUAAGAAAGAGUACAUCAAUAAAAUAUUCGAGCUUAGAGUCCACGACUUUAAAACCCAGUUCUUUGUAAUGAAAUAAAAUCUUUGAUAAGGUGAUUUAUGGUGAAGAUGAUGAGAUUCUGAAAAAGUCAAGGCUCGAUUCAGCUUUUGUAAUUUGUGAAGAGCUGUUUUUAUUAAUCUCUGAGCCUCAAUCUGAAUUAUAUAAAUCAGCUCAUAUGACAAUCGACUUGGUUUCUUGCUUCAUGAUCAUUCAUCUUGGGAUGUUGCAGCUUGCUGUUGAAUGUUAUGACUUGAACGACCAUAAAGAUAAAUUGAAUUAUUGUUGAGAGUUUUAUCCAAUGUUGAUAAAAUCAUACAUAGACCAAGCUAUCAGCAACUAUGUGAAGCCGAUCAUCCUCAACUACCACAAUCAGGUCUCUCGCUUGACAGAGAUGGAGGAGAUCUAUUAUGAAAUGAAUAAUUCAAUCAUCUACACUCUCAAAAGAAACAGUGAGCAUAUUAUUUGGAAUACCACGAGAGAGGAAAUGACCAGAGACAGGAUGUUUUACAAUUUCAAAGAGGGAAAAUUAAAAUUUGUCGAACCUUCCUACCUCAUCGGUCCAGAACCUCCUCUACUGUGAAGAGCAUUGAGAUAUGGCGUUGCAUUGAAGCUGGAGGAUCUCUACACUCCAUAUUCUGCAAGCAUCGACCAAAUUGUUUAUAAAUUGAAAAAUACUGUUACUGAAGAAACUGAGAUGGGAGAGAUUCAACUUAAAGAAGAUAGUCAAAAAGUUCAAGGCAACAACGAAGAGAAUGGCGUAGAUUUACUUGGACUCAAUGAACCCGAACCAAUAGAAGAGGAUAAAGAGGAAGCCAAAGAUGAAAAAUUAGAGACUCUCUCACAAGGAAGUGACGAUUCCUUCACAGCAGUAUCUUCAAGAAACUUUCUUCCUGAUGAUAACUUAAGGAACAGGUUCAACAAAGAACCUAAUGCAAGUCCAGUGAGAAAGACCAAAAAUUACAUAAUGAACAAGAUGGAGAAAAAGGAAGAUCUCAAGUGUAAUUUUGUGUCAGAAGACAAUUACCACUAUAACCAAUGAAUCAGAGUUGAACAGGCUAGGAAGACAAUUGCUGAAGUAAGAAAGAAAGCUCGAGAGGAACAGAAAUUACUUAAUGAGCUAUAUUCCAUCAAGGCUAAGCAGUACAAGUAUGAUGAAAUGACUGAAAAUUUCUCUCGACUGAUCUUCAUGCAGGAACUUUACGAGCUAAUGAUCGAUGAUGAAGAGCUGUACACAAAUCUGUCGGAAUACAUGAUAUUCCAUCAUGAGAACAAAAGAGUGAAAUAUUUCAGCAAUCUUGAAUAAA